AUGCCCCCAGAGAUCCUCGCCUCUCUCAAGCCUGAAUUCGUCACUCCUGUUGUAGGCUACCUCUGCGCUGAAAACACUGAGGAAACUGGUGGCAUCUACGAAGUUGGUGGUGGUUUUGUCUCCAAAUUAAGAUGGGAACGUUCCGCUGGUGCCGUCUUCAAGGCCGAUGAAUCCUUCACUCCUGCCGCUGUUGGCGCCAAGUGGGAAGAAAUCACCGACUUUGAAAAAGCCAAUGAGUACCCUACCUCUGUCAUGGAUACUGACUUCUUGGCUCUCCUGGAACGUGCUAAACAAGCUGAUGCUAACCCCAAGGCUGACGAUUUGAGAUUUGAUGGUCAAGUUGCUGUUGUCACUGGUGCUGGUGGUGGCCUUGGUAAGGCUUAUGCUUUGCUCUUUGCCAAGUUGGGUGCCUCUGUCGUUGUCAAUGAUCUCGGAGGUUCUGCUACUGGUCAAGGAUCCGACAGCCGUGCUGCUGACCUGGUUGUGGAUGAAAUCCGUAAGGCCGGUGGUAAGGCUGUUGCCAACUACGAUUCCGUUGAAGAGGGCGAGAAGGUUGUUGAAACUGCUCUCAAAGCAUUCGGCCGCAUCGACAUUGUUGUCAACAAUGCUGGUAUUCUUCGCGACAAAUCCUUUGCUCGUAUGACUGAUGCUGAUUGGGAUCUCGUCCACAGAGUCCAUUUGAGAGGUACUUACAAGGUUGUUCAAGCCGCAUGGCCCCACUUUGUCAAGCAAAAAUACGGUCGCAUCAUCAACACUGCUUCUGCUGUCGGUUUGUACGGUAACUUUGGCCAAACCAACUACAGUGCCGCCAAGCUCGGCAUUGUUGGCUUCACAAAGACUUUGGCUCUCGAAGGUCAACGCAAGAACAUCAUUGCCAACGUCAUUGCUCCCAAUGCUGGUACUCGUAUGACCGCUACUGUCAUGCCUCCUGAGAUGGUUGAGGCCUUCAAGCCCGAAUAUGUUGCUCCUUUGGUUGCUUACUUGGGUCACAGCAGCAAUGAAGACACUGGUGGUAUCUUUGAAGUGGGUAGUGGUUGGAUCGCCAAGGUUCGCUGGCAACGCACUGGUGGUUAUGGUUUCCCUGCCAACCGUGAAUUGACUCCUGAGCAAGUUGCUGAUAAAUGGGCUCGUAUCACCAACUUUGAGGAUGGUCGUGCCACUCACCCUGAAACCACCCAAGACUCUUUGCAAAGCUUCAUGGAGAACUUUGGUAACGUGGAAGAAGAGGCACCUAAGAAGGAAGAAGGUGGUCUUGAUGUCGAGGCUGCCAAGAAAAUGGAGUUUGAGACUCUUGAAUUUACCUACGAAGAGCGUGAAGCUAUCUUGUAUGCCUUGGGUGUUGGCUGCAAGCGUACUGAUACUCGCUUCGUCUAUGAAAAUGACGAAAACUUUGGUGUCUUGCCCACCUUUGGUGUCAUCCCCUCCUUCACAACCAUGAACACUGUUCCCAUUGGCGAUUUCCUUCCCAACUUCAACCCCAUGAUGUUGUUGCAUGGUGAGCAAUUCUUGUCGCUCAAAAAGCCCAUUCCCACAUCUGGUACUCUUAAAUCUCAAGCCCGUGUCAUUGACAUCCUCGAUAAGGGCAAGGGUGCUUCUGUCAUCAUUGGUGUCACUACCAAGGACGAAUCCAACGAGAUCGUCUUUGAAAACGAGUUCACAUUGUUCAUCCGUGGUAGCGGUGGAUUUGGUGGCCAUUCCAAGGGUGCUGAUCGUGGUGCUGCUUCUGCUGCCAACAAUGUUCCUAACCGCAAACCCGAUGCUGUUGUCACUGAAAAGACCAGCGAAGAUCAAGCUGCUCUCUAUCGUUUGAGUGGUGACUAUAACCCAUUGCACAUUGAUCCUGAUAUGUCUGCAGUUGGUGGAUUCGAUGUCCCUAUUCUCCACGGUCUCUGCUCGUUUGGCAUCUCUGGCAAGCACGUCUUGAAGACAUUUGGUAAUAACGAUCCUGCUUCAUUUGCUAACAUCAAGGCACGUUUCGCUAAGCAUGUCUUCCCUGGUGAGACUCUCGAGACUUCCAUGUGGAAGGAAGGCAAUAAGGUCAUCUUCCAAACCCGUGUCGUUGAGCGAGAUGUGAUUGCUAUCUCCAAUGCUGCAGUUGAGCUUAAUGCCUCUGCUGUUCGUGAUAGCAAGUUGUAG